AGCUACAAUGGCGAAGUCACCUGCUCUAAUUCACGCCUCGCAUUUCUUCAUUCGCUCCACACUCAUGGCUUCUUCCAAAUCUCUCACUCUUCUCGUUCCAUUCUCAAACAUCAAGCAUCUUCACAGAAUCACCAGUUCAUUCUCUGCCUUAUCGUUCCGCAGAUUUUCGACCACUUCCACCCCAUACCCUCUGCAGUACGAAAUGAUCCUCAACCGGCCGUCCUAUCCUCCACCACCCCCUCAUAAUCGGCGAAGACCCGCCGCAGCUGACUCUCCGGAGCUCAAGCCCUCCGAAGAUCCCAGUUCGGAAUUGGGAUUCGAGAGCUGGGUGGAUCAGAAACUUAUAUCCGAGAGUGAAGCUGUGUCCGGUAAGGAAGGCGUGGUCAUGGACAAGGCUAAGAGGAAAUAUUACAACAAAAGAAGGAAGAGGAUGUACGGGUCUGAUUCUGAUGAAGAUAAGAGGCCACGGGAGGAGGGAUUUGUGGAAUUAAAGCCUGAGGUAGUUGAGUUUAACACAUUGCAUAAGAGAGAGGAGGAAUUGUUCUUCUAUGACACUUUUGCAUAUCCGUGGGAGAAAGAUAAGCAUUAUAAAAUGGUUUAUCAGUUGGAGAAAAAAUAUUUUCCUGAUCAAUGUCUUGACAAGGCUUUUCUGGGACCUGGAGAAUCAAAUGUGGAAGUGAAGCAGCAAAGGAAGGGGAUGAAAAAGGCAGUGGAGGUUAGGUCGGGGACGAAAGUGGAGGCCACGAAUGGCGUGGAUGACAAUGGAUUGAUUUUCUUUGACGAGGCGAGAGAAGAAAAGGAUAACAAAGAUGUGGCCGAGAAGAAGGUGGAGGAGUUCUUUAAGUGUUUGAAGAAAGUUCCCGCCAAAGAUUCUGAAAUUAUUCAGACGGAGCCAUAUCUUUUGACGAGGCAUACCGAGCUCCCCGUCAAAUGGGAUAGUCCUUGUGGGACAGUGGUUUUGCUGAACAAACCUAAAGGAUGGACUUCAUUUACGGUAUGUGGAAAACUUCGGCGCCUAGUCAAAGUGAAAAAGGUAGGUCAUGCAGGUACUCUUGAUCCUAUGGCCACUGGUCUGUUGAUAGUGUGCGUCGGUAAAGCGACUAAGUUGGUAGACAGAUAUCAAGGUAUGAUUAAGAGCUACAGUGGAGUUUUCCGUUUAGGAGAGGCUACUUCAACUUGGGAUGCUGAUUCACCGGUAAUUCAGCGAGAACCCUGGGAGCACAUCAAAGAUGAUGACAUACAAAAAGCUGCUGCCUCUUUUUGUGGGGAAAUUUGGCAAGUUCCUCCCAUGUUUUCCGCCAUUAAAGUCGGAGGUGAGAAGAUGUAUGAGAAAGCAAGAAGGGGAGAAAGUAUUGAGCUUUCACCAAGACGGAUCUCAAUUUUCAAAUUCGAUAUUGAACGUAGUUUAGAUGACCGGCAAAAUUUGAUUUUCCGAGUAACUUGCUCUAAAGGAACAUACAUUCGAUCACUUUGUGCAGAUCUUGGGAAGGUUCUUGGCAGUUGUGCUCAUCUAACUGCUCUCCGAAGGGAUUCAAUAGGGCAAUAUUUAGCAGAUGAUGCCUGGGAAUUCAAGGAGUUGGAAGAUGCAAUUACCAAAGGUUAUUUUUAGCUCAACGAACCCAACAUUCGGCAGCAAUUGUAAGUUGAGGGUCGAUAUGACACUUAUCAUCUGGCUUUUGCACCACCAUCUUCAGAUCAAAUGAAAGGACAAGAUGAGCAGUCUUUUGGUAUGUAUUUAAGGGGAAAGAGUUGUGUUGGGCAUAGAAAAAAUAACGAGGUAAUUUUAUACCGUUGUGUUUUUAAAAGAAUGAAUUUUUUUUUUAUAAUUUACAAAAUAGUAAAUCUUUUUGUCACUUUAGUACGUUCAGAUGAGGAUGCUUAGGUUAUGGUAAUGUUAUACAUUCAUUGUAAAUUUAAUACUUGAUUUUUUAGUAGGAAGUAUGGACGAGUUUUGGAAUUAAUGGAGGUUUGUAGAUGUGAAAGCCUAUUUCAUUGUUGAAAUAAUUAUGAACUACAGUUCA